AUGGCCCAUGCAGGGGCUUUGCCAGGGCAGGAGGCACCUGCCGGUGUACCCUGUUUCAAGCUGGUGCUGGUGGGCGACGGUGGCACAGGCAAAACCACCUUUGUCAAGCGCCACAUCACCGGGGAGUUUGAGAAGAAGUAUGAGCCAACCAUCGGCGUGGAGGUGCGGCCGCUGGACUUCACAACCAACCGCGGCAAGAUCCGUUUCUUCUGCUGGGACACGGCCGGCCAGGAAAAGUUUGGUGGCCUGCGCGACGGCUACUACAUCCAUGGGCAGUGCGCGAUUAUCAUGUUUGACGUCACGUCGCGGCUGACCUACAAGAACGUGCCCACAUGGCACAGGGACCUCUGCAG